CUAGCGGGUGACCGUUAGCGGGUGGCCGUUAGGGCUCAACCGUCCCCCCGGCGCGCGCCGUGCGCAGCUGCGCGCGGGCAGGGCGGGCCCCCGGCUGACUGACUGGCCGGAGGGCUGUUCUUCGCCGCACUCCCACCCCCGCCGGGGCUCUGCCGGCGGCUGCUGCCGCCGGUGAGCGCUGGGAGGCGACAGCGAGUCCCUCUUGCCAGAUCCGUUUGCGGGGGGAGAGAGAGAGAGAGAGAGAGAGAGACUUUUACCUUUUCUCUCUUUUCCCGUCGUUACCCACCAUGCUCUGGACGCUGCCGCCCGGGGGGAAGAAGUCGGGGCUCAGCCCGGCGCCCUUCUCCUGAGGAGAUGAGGGAGGCACGGCCAGGCAGGAGCUAGCGCCACCCGCUCCUUUCCCCCGUCCUCCCCCCUCGCGCUUCCCCGACCACCAUGAGGGAAGAGAGAGAAGCCGCCGCCGCGUCCGCCUCCCACCGCGGAGCCAGCAAACUCCCGCAGCACUACCAGCAGCCGGACGGCGCGGCGGCUGCCCCCCUGGCGCUCCCCGGCGGCGGCGGCGGCGGCCCGGAGAGCCUGCGGAACGGCUACGUGAAGAGCUGCGCGACCCCCCUGAGGCAGGAUCCCCCGAAAAGCUUCCUCUCUCUGCUGCUGCUGCCCGCCGCCGCCUCCUCCUCCUCGCGGGCUCUCCUCAGCCUGGGCGCCCUGGCUGCAGUCGUCCUCUCGCUGCUGGCCUUUCACGGCAGGGGCAGCGCCGGGGGCCAGCAGGACGGGAGCAGCUGGCGAAGCCCCCGGCCGCUGCGCGCCCUGUUGUGCCUGUCCCGCUGCCUCAGCCCCCUCUUCAGCAUCGCAUGUGCCUUCUUCUUCCUCACCUGCCGCCUGGCCCGGGACAAGCGCGGGGAGCACGGCGGCGGCACGACCUGCUGGUGGCUGCUGGCGCUGCCCGUUUGCUGUUUCUCGGGGGACUUCGUGGCGCUGCAGUGGCUGCUGCCUGCGGAGGGGCGCGAAGAGGAGUCCCAGGACCCCGUCGAGCUGCAGACGGCUGCAGGCAGGCUCUUGACAAUGCUGGGCUCGGUGACAGCGCUGACCUUGCUGCAGAGGUCCCUGAAGCUCCGCCGGAGUCUGCUGAUCUUGGUCUUCUCUAGCCUGGUCUGGCUGGUGUCGUUCACCAGCCUUAACUCGCUCCCGCCAGCCCUCAGACCGCUGUUGGCCGGCUUGGUCGGGGUGGCAGGCUGCCUCCUGGCACUCUGCGGCUGGGAGCGUGGCAUCUUCUCGGCUCAGAGCCGAGGAGCGCACCACCAGCAGCACCACCCACGGCUUCCCAGCGUGGAGGAAAAAGUGCCUGUGAUCAGACCCAGGAGAAGAUCUAGCUGCGUAUCCUUAGGGGAAGCUUCGGCCAGCUACUAUGGCAGCUGCAAAAUGUAUAGGAGACCCUCGCUGCCUUGCAUUUCCAGGGAGCAGAUGAUUCUUUGGGAUUGGGAUUUGAAGCAAUGGUACAAACCCUAUUACCAGAAUGCUGGCAGUGGAAACGGAGUUGAUCUUUCAGUACUAAAUGAGGCUCGGACCAUGCUAACAGACCUCCUGACUGACCCCUCCCUUCCACCACAAGCGAUUUCUUCCCUUCGAAGCAUUAAUAGUUUGAUGGGUGCUUUCUCAGGCACAUGCAAGCCAAAGGCUAAUCCAUUCACACCAUUUCCUGGUUUCUUCCCCUGUCCUGAAAUAGAGGACCCUGCUGAAAAAGGAGAUCGAAAACUACUCAAGGGACUAAAUAGCAGGAGUAGCCUGCCAACACCACAGCUGAGAAGAGCUUCAGGAGUUUCUGGCAUUCCCCCUAUAGAAUCGCCAUCUUCUAGAUGGGAGCGGAGUAACAGCAAGAGAUCUCAUCAGGAAUGUAACACAUCAAGCCAAGGAUCUCAUUCAAAUGGAUCUUUUGGUGCAAACCUACUGGCAGUACCAAAACAAAGAUCAUCUUCUAUGAGUCAUCAUAUAGGUCCCAGACGAGUAGGUGCUUCUCCUGGCCUGAAUCCUGUGGGUUCACCUGGUCAUGGAUCUGUCUCCAGUGGGUCCUUUGUCAGUUGGUCACCUGUAGAAUUUCCUGAUACUGCUGACUUUCUUACAAAACCAAGCAUUAAUAUACAUAAGCCUCUGGGAUACACGUUUAUUUCUCCAGAUUUUCAGCAACAAGUUAAAACACCCACAGGUUAUAUGUGUAACAGCUGUGGACGUCAGAUACUCAAGCCUGUUCCAACACCAGAAUCAGAAUCUGCAGAAUACAAAGGCAGAAAAUCAGGUGAAGUUGGAAGCACUAGUAUUUCAAAAGAACCUUUCCACCAUACAGAGAGAAAACAAGAUGAAAGGAAGGAAAAGAUUCAUCAAACACCAAAUAAUCAACUUGUGGAGCGGGAUCCUUCCUUAGAAAUGAUGUUAAUAGAACAUGAUUCACUAAUGGAGAAGAUGAACAAUUGGAAUUUCCAAAUUUUUGACCUUGUGCAAAAAUUGGGAGACCAGUCUGGAAGGAUCCUUAGCCAGGUAACUUAUACCUUGUUUCAAGAUACUGGUUUGUUUGAAAUUUUCAAAAUCCCAACUCAAGAAUUCAUGAAUUACUUCUGUGCACUUGAAAAUGGCUACCGAGAUAUUCCCUAUCACAAUCGUAUACAUGCCACAGAUGUUCUUCAUGCAGUAUGGUAUCUAACAACAAGGCCUAUUCCUGGAUUUCAGCAAAUUCAUAAUGAGCAUGUCAUGGAAAGUGAUAUGAAUGAAGCUAGUGGUAUUUCCCCCGUUCGAGUCAGCUAUAUUUCUUCAAAAAGCUGCUCUAUUGAUGAUGACAGCUACGGGUGCCUGACAUCAAGUAUUCCUGCCCUGGAAUUGAUGGCUUUGUACGUAGCAGCUGCCAUGCAUGAUUAUGAUCACCCUGGUCGUACAAAUGCUUUUCUAGUGGCUACAAAUGCACCUCAGGCUGUUCUCUACAAUGACAGAUCAGUCUUAGAAAAUCAUCAUGCUGCUUCUGCCUGGAAUCUUUUCUUAUCACGACCAGAAUACAACUUUUUAUCAAAUCUUGAUCAUGUAGAAUUCAAGCGAUUCCGUUUUUUAGUGAUUGAAGCAAUCCUUGCCACAGAUCUCAAGAAGCAUUUUGAUUUCCUUGCUGAAUUUAAUGCCAAGGCCAAUGAUAUCAACAGUCAUGGUAUAGAAUGGAGCAAUGAAAACGAUCGCCUGCUGGUCUGUCAAAUAUGCAUCAAACUGGCGGAUAUUAAUGGCCCGGCAAAAGUUAGAGAGCUGCAUCUGAAAUGGACAGAAGGCAUUGUCAAUGAAUUUUAUGAGCAGGGGGAUGAAGAAGCAAGUCUUGGAUUGCCUAUAAGUCCCUUCAUGGAUCGUUCUUCUCCACAGCUUGCAAAACUGCAAGAAUCUUUCAUUACUCACAUAGUUGGCCCCCUUUGUAAUUCCUAUAAUGCAGCUGGGUUGCUUCCAGGCCAAUGGGUUGAUGAAGAGGAUGAUGCAGAAAGUGCUGAGGAUGAUGAUGGAGCACAGUUGGAGAGUGAUGAUGAAGAAAUGGAAGAUGACCUCAUUUUAAAAGCUGAAAGGAAAAAGGGCAGACGACGAAUAUUUUGCCAGCUAAUGCACCAUCUAAGUGAAAAUCACAAAAUAUGGAAGAAAGUAAUUGAAGAAGAGGAAAAAAAUAAAGCUGAAGGAGCUAAACUGCUGACUGAGAUCACAUCCUUACCUCAGGCAGAUGAAAUUCAGGUUAUUGAGGAAGCAGAUGAGGAAGAGGAGCGGCAGUUAGGAGAAGAAAAGACAGACUGAGAAAACUUCAGAGUGGUGUGCAGUAUGAUGUUAGAAAGCCUAUACUCUUUUUUUCACUGUGCUGACUUUGGACUGACAGUUUGCAUAAAGUUGAAAGGCCUUAAUACUGUGAGAGGAUUCUCUCUAUUUUAGUGGAAUCCCCCUCCUAUGCACUUUCACCACAGAGAAUAUGAAACUUUAUUCAAAGGUUGAGUAUUGUAUACCAUGAUGCAAAGUUCUUUAUGCCUUAGUUGGUAUAAAAUAUCCUGUAUAAUGCUGCCUUGCUGAAUAUGGAACUCUUAUUUUCCUUGAGGUACCUGCAAUUUUUAAAAACGUUCAGUGACUUCAGUUACCAAAGUGGCAAGAACUCUUUGCUAACAAGGAAAUGUUGGAUGAAUCCUAAUAAUCUUUUGAGUUGUGUAUUUCAUGUUGUUUUUGAACAUGAAUAUGAAAAAGUCUGUGCAUAUAUGGAAACCAUGUUACUGUUGCAGUGCAGGCCUGUUGUGGGGUGUCUACUUAGUGCAGUAGUGUGCUUAAUGUAGUCAUCUCUGAGCAACUGUUCAAGGACUGUGACAUAAAUGCUGAGUUCUGAUGUUUGUGUUUUAAAAAAGCAAAAGUCCAGGUGCAUCUAUUCUGAUGCUUUUUAUUAUUGUGCAUAAUCUGAUGUUUUAUUUUUGCAGAAAAUAUUCAGGUUUGCAGUGGGUGUUCAUCAUAAAUUAUUGAAUACAAGGCCGUUUUCAUCUGUUGCCUUGCUGUUCUGUGGUAGAACAUUAAAAAUUUGUCCAGCUACUUAAAUUAAGGGAUUUUAUUCUUUUAGUCUUAAUGCUAUAUUUCGUGCCCUUACUCAGGUUCCUGUUUAAAAGCAAGUCAACCACAUAAUAGAUCUUAUCUUGCAUCAAUUUUAGGUGUUAAUUUUUGAGGAAAUAAGAUCAUAUUUCAUUUAUUCUUUGUAUGUAAAACUUUAGGAGAAUUAAAGAGGUUUUUUUUUUUUUUAACAAAGAGAUAAAUUACUGUUUCAAAAUGGCUAGUGUAUUUUAUUGUGUCCCACAUCUUUUCUUCCAUCACAGACAUAGCUUAUAUUGCCUUCAAGCUAGAUGGACAUGCUGAAAUAUACAUAUGGAGAGCAGAAUGUGACAAUUUCUUGUAAGGCCUAAUGCUAGGGUAAACAUCACUGUAGUAUAUUACUUUUUAGAUUGUUGAGUUUUUAAAUAAGAAACUUAGACAAUCCACAAAAAUAUAUUUUAGGAACACUACCACUGUAGGGCUAAUUGCAAAAAUAAAAAAUAAAAAUGCAUAAAUUAGGCUGCAAGUAUGUAAUAACCUUAUAUAAGCUGCAAAUAAAACUAUUUUUAAAGGUGCACUUUUUAAUAGUAAACAUUUAUAUGCUGUGCAGUUGAACUAAAUAAAAAUAAAUGCACACAUGUGCAAGUUGCUAAGUA